AUGGCAGAGCUACUCAGAACUCUGGUUGGGUCGGGAUGGUAUCCUGAAUGGACGCGCCGCUGUGGCGCACACUUUCGGGAAUUGCCAGACCCCAUGUGGAAGGAUGCUGCGUAUCAGGAAGUCAUGGGGCUCUUGGUUGAACGCGGGCUAGGCGAAGUCCGGGAACAACGCCACCGCGGCGAAGUGCAGGCUGCUUUCGUGAAGGGUUGUUGGGCAGCUUUGUCGAAAGAAGCGAAAGAGGCCUUGAAGGAGAUGGGGGCAGUCACAUGGCGCGAAGAGUCCGAUGACACGAGCGCCAACCGUGCGAAGGCGGGGGCGGGCUUUUCUUUGCGUUGGGAUAUAGGGGUCGCUGUCGCCACCGUCAGGCCAGAAGCCCACGGGUCAGACAGCGAGGAGAAUAAGCCUGAGCAGGAAUUGGUGGAUCCAGAGCCUGUCCAGGUCGCAACGCCAGAGUGGGCGACCUUGUUCCACGGGAGCGCCCCAGGCGAUGUUGGCACUUGCGCAAGCUUGCGGAAAACCAUCGAACGUGUGCUCGGGCAAGCAAAAGAUUGUGGUGUGUACAAUUUCCAUGAGAAGCAGUUGAAAGCUGCACAAAAAAAGGUGAAAGGGACGCUGACUUUCAGCGACAAAGGGCCCAUGCUAUGCGUGCAGCACAAAGGCAUCCAUGGAGAGCUACAAGCGCCGCAAGGCGGUAGCUUGUGGACAUGUGCCGAGGCUCUAGCUUUAGAAGCUUUGGAAACAAAGCGGCCCCGGGUGACCUCCAAAGAUGUCCGCGCUGCACUGCAAGCCCAUGGGUUGAACUUGCGCUGCAGCACUGCGCAAUUGCACAGCUUCGUCAUCAGAUUCAAUGGUGCGGGCCGGCCGCAAUGCAACAAAGGCAAGCUGACAGUGGGACAGUUGGAGAAUGCAGCAGGGCCGUUCAUGAGCCCACACAUGGAUGCUUGGCAAAGCUGGAAAGUGUGGCGGCUUAUCGUCUUGCCGUCGUCAACCUUUGAUGAAGAGAGGGUGUGCGUGAUGUGGACGUGCCCAGGCAUGCUACGCCGCGCGCAGGCCUUGAAAGAGAAGGUCUUGAAGCUGGUUGUCGAUGCGAAGCAGCGCGUCGUUGUCAACGAAUAUGGCAUUGUGACUCUGGCAUUCUUGGUAAGCAGUGCCUCGCCAACCAAAACCUGGGCAGGGGCAAGCCACACCAAGUCCGUUGCAGUGCACACCGCCACGCAAGAACCGUUCUUGCAAGCCUUGGUGAGUUCAGAAUCCGAGCGCAACAUGACCCAAAUUUUCACUGAGGCAUGCAACGUGGCCGAGAAAGAGUGUGGCCUCGAUCUGAGGGCCCAGGUUUGGCAGGUCCACAAAGAUUAUGCGAAGGGCAUCGAAGCUUCCCGCCGUGCUGUGUUUCCUCACGCACGGCCAUGUGAUGACUAUGCUCACAUGCGUCGGGCAUCCUAUAAAGUCUUGCAGCAGCAUUUGCCAAGCAAGGCACGUGUGUCAGGGCCCCAGACGCAGAAGCCGAAGGCCAAGAAAGGGGAGACCAAGAAGGCGACGGUGGAAGAAGCUACAGGGGCAGAGGUGUCUGUGCCUGCAGAAACUGACAUGGUGCUAUCUGAGACCGAUGCUUUUGGCCGCCUGGAACAAAUCAUUCAAAUUAGCCGUCAACCAACUGCCGGGUUUUCUGCAAAAAGAAAGCCGAAGCCAUCUCAAAGUCAGUACCAGCAGCAAAAGUGA